AUGGCUUCCCUCUACCUAGCUCGAGAGGCCGCCCUGGCACAUCCAUGCCAGACCAGCGCGGCUCCUCGAGACAUCAACCUGCAGCAGGACCUUGUUCCAGUCGGACAAGACCCUGGCUACGACACCUUGGCAGAGCACGAGUUGCCACCACAAGGCUCCCCAAGUGAGGCAGACUUCUCCGCCUUCUUCAGCCCUGUGUGCUUCCCCCGCCCAGCACCGCCGCCCUCCCCACCGGGGCGUCCCCGUCCAGGCCCGCUUCCCCCAGGUCCAGGCAACCCCACCCCGCCGCACACUCCACGCCGUGAGGCGGAAAAAUCACCACCGCUGGAACCACCAAAGCAGCCGCAGCAGAAAUACAAGAUCAAGCGCCGUCCCGUGCCGGGGUCGUGGCCGACGGCGGAGCAGGAGCCCGCCGCCCCCGAGCCGGCUCCCCCGCCGAGCAUCGAGCUCACGGCCCCGGCGCCAGCGCCAGCAACUGCCUCUGCUGCAGCCCAAGAGCCGCGCCGCGGUAUGGAGGGUGCGACCGGGGAGGCUUCGAGCGGCGCGCCACCGACGCCGCUGCCGGCGAUGGAGUUUCGCUGGUACUGCGACAUGUACCCGCUCCACCCUGCCUGCUGCGAGGUGUGCUUCCCCGGCGCGCGGGCGACGAGCGUGCCUGGCAUCUCUCCAGUGUCGUCCAUGCCGCCGGUGCACCAGGUGCAGGAGGAUGGACACCCAAGGCGCGGUGGCCCGGAUGACGAAGAGGGGUCCGGGCUGGCGAGUUCGGGGUCACAGCGGGAAAUUUGGGACGAGCUCUGGGGCGGGCUUCGUCAGCGACACCCUGAUGUUUUAUCACCGCAGGAGCAUACAGGCUCUGCGCCGCCGCGACUUCCGCCGCUCUCUUUCCAGGCUACAGCAGGGCAUGGGGAACGUGGAGAUCAGCCUGCGCGUGGACCUGCCCCUGCUGCAGCCAGGCUCCAGGAACCCCGAGAGGAGUACGGCUGGUGCGUUGACGUCGAUGACGACGAGGCCGGGGUGCUCCUGGAGCCUGCCGCAGAAACAGAGCUGCGCCGCGGCCUACCUGGCCGUUAUGAGGGAAAUAGAGAAGGAGAAGAUGAAGAGGAAGGACGGCCUCCGACGCCGCCGCCAAAGGAUCGCUGA